CGCAGUGGUUUUCGGAGAUGCGGAUGUGGUUGCAAGAGCGAAGCGCAGUGAUCUCUCGCUGCUAGGGCGAGUGGUUGGCCCAGCGCCUCCGAUCCUUCACCUCCAAACCACAUUGGGUCGUCUCUGGAUUACCAGCCGAGGAGGGCCUGUUCCAGUUCGUGUUUCCUACGAUAGCUGAGAAGGAUCGCGUUUUUGCUGAAGCGCCGUGGUUCUUGCCCAAGUUUCUGGUGAACAUGGCCCCGUGGGUGGAGGUUACGGCGGAGAUCGCUGAAAAACUCUCGCGCAUUCCGCUUCCUCUCCAGUUCUGGAACAUUCCUCCUCCCUGCUGUACUCGGAAGAUGGGAACACUCCUUGGACUAGCUCUGGGCAAGAGUGAUCCGGGCGCAGUUCAUCGGGUGCCAAUAACAGGGGAGAUCUAUCUCCAGGCCAAGGUUUGGCUGGAUGGGCGUCUGCCCUUGCCAGUAUCGAUUCCAGCUUCUCAUGAGAAGGUUGACAAAGGCGGUUUCACAGCGGUUAUCAAGUACAAGCGCCUCUCCCAGUCCUGCUAUCUCUGUGGAAUCCUUGGGCAUAUUGGGCAGCAAUGUCAUCGUCGAGAGGAGUUGGCAGGGACGAGGACCCCAUACAACAGAGACUUGAUUUCGAAGAAGUCUGGCCCCCUAGUGAAUGAGCGUUCCUUACUUAGUCGAAAGCAAUACACCUGGAUUCGGAAGGAAUCGGAUGCGACUGCGCAACAUGGCCUAUCCGCUGGAUCCUCCAGUACUGCUGUGGUAGCCGACACUCGUCCUCUCUUGCUUGCUGGCCCUAGGCACGCGGUGGGGCUUGACAAGGUCCAAGUCGAAGGCCUGCCCGGAGCUUCCUCGGACAGUCUGAUCAGGGAUAGAGAUAUCACCAGUGAGGCAGCGGAGAUUGUGGCAGUGACAAAGAAGGCUCGCCUGGAUCCGAUGGAUGCUGUGUUUGAAAAUCUUGAUGCUGUUGCGGUGGAGGAAACCAGCCCGAACUGGUCCCACCAGGCGCGAUGAGCAUUGUGGCUUGGAAUUGUCGGGAUUAGGCUCCCCCCUGAGGCCCUGACAAUUCCCUCUCUGUUUGGAGCUAUAUGUCGAUUCUCUCCAUCGGUUGUGUUCCUUAGUGAAACCAAACAUGAAGAUGACUUUGUAAAUAAGAAGUUUAUGUGUCUAGGGUAUCAGUUUGUCUAUUGUGUGUCUCCUGUUGGUAGAGCAGGUGGGUUAGCGGUAGCAUGUGCUCCCAAUGUGCAGUGUCGAGUCCUAGGUGAAGCUGAUUUCUUCUUGUUUGUGGAAUGCCAGCAUAUAGUUUGGGGUACUUUAGGGGUGGUCUUUGUUCAUCUUAGUUGUGAUGUAAAUAUCCGCAAUGAUCAAUUCAAUGAACUGUUGCAUUUGCU